CGGCUAUAUCCAUAGGGUCGAAGGUCGAGUCGGGUUCCAUUGCCACCCCUACUCAAAAGGGGCACUAGCAGAGAGAGAGAUUAUCGCCGGUAUGUAUACGAUGGAGUGAGAGCUGGUAUCCCACAAGAAAAUUUAGCGGGUGUUUUGAGGGACAAUUUAUCUGAGACCUUCUGUCUGUGUUGAAUCAGAGUUUAGAGAGAGAGAUUCCCCCAAGUUACAGGGUCUUAGUAAGAGAGAGAGGGAGAGAGAUCUGCAUUCCCAAAUUGCAUUUACCAAUUUUAGAGAGAGAGAGAGAGGUAGUUUUGUAGACGAUGGAAGUGAAGGAGUUGGAGAAGCUUCUGCGUUACAGGUUUCGUGACCCCCAAUUGGUCAAAGAUGUUGUUCAGCUAAUCAAUUCUUCUUCUUCUUUCUCAUCCAAAACAUCGCAACAGGAGAGGCUCAAAUUCAUAGGUCAUGAAGCUCUUGGCCAUGUCUUCAUAAAGCUUCUCUUCAAAAGAUUCCCCUCUCUAACCCCUCGUGAGCUCAGCCUCUUUCGAGCCGCCAAUACCAGCACUGAGAAGCUCGCCAUGAUCGCUGUAAAACACGGUUUCUGUGUUUUUCUUCUUCAAAACUCUCCCACCCCUGACGACAAGGUUUCAGAAUUCAUUGAUGCCAUUAACGAGAGCCCCGACAAUGCUUGCCUCAUGAAAACCCCCAAAGUCCUUGCAGACAUGGUGGAGUCCAUUGUUGGCGCAGUCUAUGUAGACACUGGUUACAAUCUUGAGAUACUUUGGAAUGUUUUCCAUGACUUUUUCGAGCCUAUUGUCACUCCUUCGACCCUCAAAAAUCAUUCAGUGACUGAGCUCCAAGACUUAACUCAGAAACAAGGGAAGCAAGUGAAAUUGAAUGCUCACAAGCGCAAGGUGAGAAGUUAUUAUGGUCCCAUUGAAAAAGCAUCACCUGAUGAGAGUAAGCACGGUGCAAGCCCUUCCAUGAUUAUGGACAACAAAUUUGUGGAAAAGAUGGAAUACUUAAAGCUUACAGACAAAGUCAAGGAGAGAGAUUAUCAGAGUCCCAUAACAACCAAUGUCAAGGAGGAGAGAGAAUCAGUCAAAUCUUUAAGCAAAAGUGAGGAGGAAAGACAACCAAUGAAACAGGCCGGAUAUUUGCAUCUUCAAGAAGAGGGCUUUGCCCUUGGUAAGAUAGGUUACUACUCUGAGGAAGCUAUGAUGGAAAUCAGGAAACGCCACUGUGUAAUGGGAGAAUCAUUGGCAAGACUGAAGGAUGAAGAGGGCUCCUGAAUCCUGAUUUUGAGCCAUUCGACCGUUUGAGCUUUUACCUAGUGCGGGGAUGUACAGUGUGAGAGUGUACUUACGGAGAAACAGAGGAAUCUCGUUCUUUGAAAGGACAAUGCUUAGGUCUCUCUCACACACGCAUACACACGAGAGAUGUAUUUUAUGUCAUCUCAUGCUGAAAAAGAAUUGGAUUCAUCAAGAAUUGUGCGCCGGCAUUCGAAGAGAUUGUUCUACUAAUCAUUCUUCUUAAGUUACUGUCACUGCUCUUUGUAUCACUUUCGGCAUAUGGCCUUGUAUAAUAAAUAAUACAUGGCCAGGCAUUCAGCUGCCGGUUGUCAACAUUGGAUGGUGGAGAUUAAGCGAUGCCCAUUAUCAGGAA